UUUCCUCUUCAAUUCCCCUCCACCGAUCAACGAUAUCUUAUUUCCUAUCCCACGAGGAUCAAGGAUGUUCUUCUUAUUGAUCCUUCACCAGCGUGGUUGACUUGGUCAACAAACCCCUUCCCCGAUGGCAAAUCUCGUCCGUUUCCAGCACUCUCAAGUCCAGGCUUGGCUCUAGCUUUUUUCUUUCCCUAUAUCAUUCUGUUUCCUGGUUGAUUGCACAAUUAGUUCUGCAAAUCUUGCACAAUUUCAAGUGGAAGAGAUUCUUUCAUCAAAAUGCUUUCCUUCAAUCCUUUCUUUCUUCCCGUCGUGUUACUUCUCCUGCUUGGCUCCCUCAGCCUGACCACUCAUGCCGCCGACCCACCUCCCCUCUACCAGGUCUGUGAAAACCGUACCUUCUCCCAAAAUAGCCCCUACAAUUCCAGUCUCAAAUCCCUCCUUUCUUCCCUCUCCUCCAACGUCACCCGCAACAUCGAAUUCUACAACACUACCUCCGGCCAGAACACCUCCGACAUCCUAUACGGCCUUUUCCUCUGCCGCGGCGAUGUCAAUUCCCAAAAGUGCCAAGCAUGCGUGGCUGCCGCGACUAAAGAGCUCGCCACUAAGUGUUCCAAGGAAAAGCUUGCGGUUAUUUGGUACGACGAGUGCAUGAUUCACUAUUCCAACGAGUCUAUCUUCUCCACCAUGGCCGUAAGGCCUAGGAUUUCUAUGUUGAACACGCAGGACAAUGGGAACAUCACGGAGCGGGACCGAUUUAACCCACUGGUAAGCAUGACGAUGACUGACUUGGCGAGUCGGGUGUCGAACUUUCCAAUCGGUGUCAAAAAAUUUGGAACCAAUCGAACGAAAUUUCUCGAGUUUCAAGAUCUGUACAGCCUUGUACAGUGCACGCCGGACCUGUCUAGCGGCGAUUGCAACCUGUGUCUCAGGAUAGCUAUCAACCGUCUUCCGAUAUGUUGUGAUGGGAAGCGAGGGGGAAGGGUUCUGCUUCCUAGUUGUAAUAUUAGGUACGAAUUGUACCCAUUUUACAAGGAUGCAUCUACGGCGCCCCCUCCUACGCCAUGGCCUCCAUCUCCGGGCUUAGCAGCUGGAUCAAAGGGAACUAAGAGAAACAACACAACUCGAACUGUCGUCGUCAUUGUUGUGCCCACUCUUGUUGGUAUCAUACUGGUCAUCAGUAUUAUUUAUUUAUUUUUAAGAUUGAGGAAGCGCAAAGAUAAUUUUGAAACCAUGGAUGAAAUGGGAAACGUGGAAUCCCUUCAAUUUGAUUUCGACGUUAUUAGAGCUGCCACAGCCGACUUUUCUGAUGCAAAUAAGCUUGGAAGAGGAGGAUUUGGGCCCGUUUAUAAGGGUAAGCUUUCGAAUGGACAAGAGAUAGCAGUAAAAAGACUAUCGAAAAACUCUGGACAAGGAGAUUUGGAAUUUAAGAAUGAGGUUGUAUUAGUGGCCAAGCUCCAACACCGGAAUUUAGUUAGGCUCCUUGGAUUUUGCUUGGAAGGGAAUGAACGUCUUCUUGUGUAUGAGUUCGUGACAAACAGAAGCCUUGAUCACCAUAUAUUUGAUCCCAAGAAGAGUGCAAAUCUAGAUUGGGAGAGUCGAUAUAAAAUUAUAAAAGGCAUUGCUCGAGGGCUUUUAUACCUUCAUGAGGAUUCUCGGCUUCGGAUUAUUCAUCGUGAUCUCAAAGCUGCUAACGUUCUAUUAGAUAUAGAAAUGAAUCCUAAGAUUUCAGAUUUUGGCAUGGCAAGGAUGUGUGUACUGGAUCAAACUGAAGGCAAUACAAACAGAAUUGUGGGGACCUAUGGAUAUAUGGCACCAGAGUAUGCAAUGCUUGGACAAUUCUCGAUCAAGUCAGAUGUCUUUAGUUUUGGUGUGUUGAUGUUGGAGAUUGUAAGUGGUCAAAAAAUUACAUCUUUCCGUGAAGGGGAGAAUAGAGAGUACCUUCUAAGCUAUGCUUGGAAAAACUGGAGAGAGGGGACAGCUGCGAAUCUCAUAGAUCUCACAUUGAGGAGUGGUCCACUGAGCGAAAUGAUACGAUGUAUUCACAUUGGAUUGCUGUGUGUUCAAGCAAAUGUUGCCGACAGACUAGACAUGGCUACAGUUGUUCUCAUGCUUAAUAGCAAUUCCAUUGCUCUCCCUUUGCCCACACAACCAGCAAGUUUUAUGCAAAAUGGGUUUCCAUUAACCACAUCAAUGAAACUGGACACUGAUUGCAAGCCGGUGAGUCAGUACGAGGUUUCGAUUACAGAGUUAGAUCCUAGGUAGUGUUUUGUGGGUGUGGCCACGGUGUACGUGUUUUUGUGCAAAUUUCACUUGCUAUUAUAUAUAUAUAUAUAUAUAUAUGUGUGUGUGUGUGUGUGUGUGUGUGAGAUUCAUUUGAUGCUUUAAGGUUUUAGUCUUCUCUGACUGACUCUUGAUUCAAUAGCUA